AUGGGGGCCCCCCUAGAGGGCCCCUGCGGCCUGGGGGUCGAAGGCUACCUAUCUCUUAUGCUGCUGCUACACCAGCAGCAGCUACAACAGCUCCAGCAGCAGCAGCUACAGCAGCAGCAGCAGCAGCAGCAGCAGCAGCAGCAGAAAGCCCCAACCCCCCUGCUGCAGCUCAGCAGCAGAAGGAGACAGAGACAAAAACGCAUGCAGCGCGCUGCGGCGCUCGGAGAGAAGACGCUGGCGACGCUGCUGCAGACGCUCUCUAUGCUGCAGCAGCAACAGCAGCAGCAGCAGCAGCAGCAGCAACAGAAACAGCAGCAGCAGCAACAGCAGCAGCAGCAACAGAAACAGAUAUGGGGCCCCCACAGGGGCCCCCUCAUGGGGGCCCCCCUAGAGGGCCCCUGCGGCCUGGGGGUCGACGGCUACCUAUCUCUUAUGCUGCUGCUGUACCACCAGCAGCAGCAGCAGCAGCUGCUGCUGCUGCUGCUGCUACACCAGCAGCAGCUACAACAGCUCCAGCAGCAGCAGCUACAGCAGCAGCAGCAGCAGCAGCAGCAGCAGCAGGUAUGUGAAAGAAAGAGAAAAAAGGUAACGCACAAAGCGACAACAGACAAGCAGCAACAGCAACAGCAGCAACAGCAGCAGCAGCAACAGCAGCAACAGCAACAGCAGCAGCAGCAACAGCAGCAACACCAGCAGCAGCAACAGCAGCAACAGCAACAGCAGCAACAGCAGCAACAGCAUCAGCAACAGCAGCAAUAG